AAUACGUUGCUAUAGUGCCAAUGAUGUUGUUUUUGUAGUAGUAUUUUCUUCAAUCAUGAAAAACAGAAGGAUGUGGGUUAGGUAAAUACAAACAUAAAUGGCGUUCCAGGUCAAAUUGACGGAGCAAUCACGAUCAAAUCUGGGAAUUGCAUUGAUGACCCUUAACAUAAUUAUAGCUGUGUCAAACGCUCUCUUGCUAGUUUUCGGAUUAGUGAUCAAACAGAAAUUCAAGUUCCACGAGGAAAUCUUCCUGGCGUACAAAGGGAAUGGAUUGUACAACAUGCUCAUAUGGACCGGAGCUUGGCUCGGGACAUCCCAUCUUAUCUUUGCAGUGUUCAUGUUCCUGUCUGGAAAAGCUCAAAAGAAGGGAUUUAAAGAAAUCAAAAGUUCUGACAAAAAGCUCGGUGUAGUGUUCAUAAACGCUGCAGUUGGGGCAUAUAUUGCAUACAUAAUUGUGGAUAUCGCUGUUGGGUCAGUGUGUCUGAGUCAUCAACACUUCAUCAGACACUCGUGUAACUCGCACAACCAAUGUCAUGAUGAAGUGAUGGGGUAUUUUGAAAAUAUCCUCAAUCCAGCAGCAGUUUUUGCGUUCUGUGAAAUCCCAUUUGAGAUUCUCAUUGCGUUUCUUGCACGACUCUUGGCCACCUCCAUAAAGGAAUGUUACAAUCUUGGAGAUUUUGGUGCCACCACCUAUGGCUAUAUCACCAAACCAGAUGAAAACACGACCAACAGCAUUGACUACACAAAGCUGCACGACUACGACGAAGACAAUACUAACUACAACAAAGACCCGAACAUCCUAUAUGAUACCACAGCAACAUAUAAUGAUGUCGGUGCAUUUGAAAACGAGGCACGAUAUUAUGAAGAUGGUGCAGAUGAAAAUUAUGCUCCAUUUUCUCAAAAUGAUGCCACUGAACUUGAAAGUGGUGAGGAUAACGAGCCAGAUGCUCUUGAUAAUGACUUCGAACACAAUUCCCAGUUUAACAACAGAAAAAUACCGAACCAUUAUGAAUCUUAUGUUGAUCCGCUGAAAAGAAAAAUUGAAUUCCAGAGUGAUGGAGAACUAAACAACGGACAAAUUCCAAACUAUCGUGAAUCUCAUGUCAAUGCCCAUUACGGAAACGUUACCGGAGGUCAAAAUCAGCAACAUCUACAUACUUAUCAGCAAAACGGGCCAUACACACAUGAUACGUAUUAUAACAAUCAGCAACCUGGACAGACGGCUGUGCAAAAUGGGGUCUAUCCGGAUGGAACACAAUAUUACAAUGAUCAGAGCAGCAAUAAAGUCAGUACAAGAGAACAUAUUAAAGAUGGAAAACGAAAAAUGAAGGCAGCAGUUAUGACCGGUGAUAAAGAUGUAAUGAUGCAAACAUUGAAGACAACUGGUGGAACCAUUGCAAAACAACUUCUUUCUAAAGGUAUCACCAAAGCAUUUGGUACAAUAGAGGAAGGGUCAAAACGAAGUGAUAAACACAAACCACAUGUACAGUCUUCACCAUACGAUGAACAACCCGAAUUCUAUGAUGAAUCAUAUCCAGAACAACAACGCCAAGAUUUAGGAGAAUUAAGACAUUAUCCAAAUUAUGACCAUACACCAUCACAAACUGAUAUGGUGACAAAGCCACGGUCAGCAAAAAGGACAGACCCUCGAUCAGCUUAUUUGGCGUCACCUAAAACAUUAACGAAUAAGACGCCUGAAUUACCUAAGAAGAAUGCACCUGAAACACCAAACAAGGUACCCGAGCCACCUAAGAAAAAGGCACCUGAGACACCUAAAAAGGCACAUGAGCAACCUAAGACAAAGGCACCUCAAACAUCUAAGAAAACACCUAAGUCACUUAAGACAAAGGUACCUGAGCCACUUACGAAAAAGGCACCCGAAACGCCUGAAAAGGCACAUGGGUCACCUAAGACAAAGACACCUGAAACAUCUAAGAAAGCACCCGAGUCACCUAAGUCAAAAGCUCCUGAAACACCCAAGAAGACCCCUGGGUCACUAAAGAAACAGGCACCCGAGCCACCUAAGAAAAAGGCACCUGAAACACCUCAGAAAAAGGCACACGAGUCAUCACCUAAGAAAAAGGCACCUGAAAUACCAAAGAAGGCACCUGAAACACUCAAGAAGGCACCUGAGCCACCUAAGAAAAAGGCACCAGCGACACCUAAGAAAAGGGCACCAGAGCCACCGAAAACAAAGGCACCCGAUACACCUAAAAUAAAGGCACCCGAGUCAGCUAAGAAAAAGGCACCAGAGACACCGAAGACAAAGGUACCGCAGACACCUAAGAAAAAGGCACCAGAGCCACCUAAGAAAAAGGCACCUGAAAUACCAAAGAAGGCACCUGAAACAGCUAAGAAAAAGGCACCCGAGCCAACUAAGAUAAAGGCACCCAAGUCACCGAAGACAAAGGCACCCGAAAUACCAAAGAAGGCACUUGAGACAGCUAAGAAAAAGGCACCCGAGCCAACUAAGAAAAAGGCACCCGAGACACCAAAGAAAAAGGCGCAGGAAGCUCAGAAGAAGACUCCUGAUAAAACAACAAAACCUAAACAGCCGAAAAAGACAUCAAAAACAGAAAAACCAUCAAAACCGAAAAAAGCAUCAAAACCGCCAAAAGCCCCGAAAUCCCUAAAGGCACCAAAACAACCUAAACAAUCGAAAACAGUAUCUACAAAAAAAGCAAAAACUUCAAAACCGGGAAAGGCACCAAAACCAGCAAAAGCACAAAAACCUUCAAAGCAGACAAAGGCACCAAAACCUGCAAAGGCGGCAAAGGCACCAAAACCAGCAAAGAAACCAAAACCUGUAAAACCAAAGAAAACCAAACCAGCAAAGAAACCAAAACCUGUAAAACCAAAGAAAGCUAAACCAGCAAAGAAACCAAAACCUGUAAAAGCAAAGAAAGCCAAACCAGCAAAGAAAAAGAAAAAAUGAUAUAUUGGAGCCUGAAUAAUUCCGAUCAUAAUCUCAUAAAAUAAAAUAUAAUAAAUCGAC